CAAGACAGGUCGUUCCGAGAGGUGAUAGUGACAUGACACACCUCAGUCGAGUAACAUCCGUCGUCGCGUGUGGACGGUGUUCUCUUGAGCUCCUUCGCUUUUCGCACACGAGAAAUAUAUGUUUAACGAAGACACUUGAAAUUGAACAAUAUAUUAAGAGAAAGAGAUAAAAAAAAGAAACAACAAUAGCAAAAACAUAGUAGAAAACAUCAGAGCGAAGGAACGAAAGAAGAGGAAUAUAGGACACAAAGGAAAGAAGAAAACAAGGGAAGAAGAAGAAGAAGAAGAAAAAGACAAAAAUGGAUAAUCCUGCGUUUGCUGGAGACGACCAGCAAGUGAAAGAAAGAAAAGGACAUGAGAGCGUCCAGGGCGGGGGCAGUCCUCGGGGCCGACGGCAGAAUGUCGAGGGGACAGCGGAACAAGCUGAAAGAAAGCCUGCAGCAGCCGUGGCGGGGGGCGCACCAGCUCCGAAUGACGCUGUUAACCUCGAGAGGAGGGUGGGGCUCAUCAGUGGGGUUGCUUUGAUUGUCGGGACCAUGAUCGGUUCGGGAAUUUUCGUAAGUCCAAAGGGCCUGUUAGAACGCACAGGAAGCGUCGGUCUCAGUCUCAUCAUAUGGGCGGCGUGCGGUUUGCUCUCCUUGCUGGGAGCCCUCUCCUACGCCGAGCUCGGAACACUCGUCUCGGAGUCGGGAGCUGAACACGCCUAUUACAUGCAAGCCUUCGCCCCUAACGAGAAGCGAAAGUCGUGGUGGGGCCCGAUUCCCGCUUUCCUGUACGCGUGGGUGUCGGUUUUCCUCCUGAAACCUUCGUCCCUCGCUAUUAUUUGCCUCACGUGCGCAGAGUACUUCGUGAGGAUUUUUGCGGCGAGUAUCGACUGCCUUCCGCCCCAGGAGUCGGUCAAACUCGUGGCCUGCGUCGUCAUAAUUCUCAUCACCUUCAUCAACUCCUACUCCGUCACGCUGGCCACCAAGGUCCAGAACAUCUUCACGGCGGCCAAACUACUGGCCAUCCUGAUCAUUGUGGUGGGCGGGGCGGUGCGGCUGAUCCAGGGGAACACGCAGUACCUGGCCACGGGAUUCCAUGGCUCCACCUCCAGUUUCGGGGACAUCGCUACGGCCUUCUACAGCGGUCUGUGGGCCUACGAUGGAUGGAAUAACCUUAACUACGUGACGGAGGAGCUCAAAAAGCCUUAUACAAACCUCCCGCGAGCCAUCAUCAUCGGCCUGCCUCUGGUGACCGUGUGCUACUUGCUCGUCAAUGUGUCCUACUUGGCGGUCAUGAGUAAGGAGGAACUGCUGAGCUCCGAGACCGUGGCUGUGACCUUCGGGAACCGCGUUCUUGGGUGGGCGGCUUUCCUCAUGCCCCUCGCGGUCACCCUCUCCACCUUCGGCGCUGCCAAUGGAACGGCUUUCACGUCGGGCAGGCUGUGCUUCGUGGCGGCAAGGGAAGGCCACAUGGUCGACGUCCUGUCUUACGUCCACGCUAAGAAACUCACUCCUUCGCCAGCACUCCUGUUUAACGCCUUCAUCGCGCUGAUGAUGGUGAUCCCCUCCGACAUUGGUUCCCUCAUCGAUUUCUUCAGCUUCACCGCCUGGAUCUUCUACGGGGGCGCUAUGUUGGCCCUCAUCAUCAUGCGGCGCACCAUGAAGGACGUGCCCAGGCCGUAUAAGGUCCCCAUCAUCAUCCCGGUCAUCGUCCUCGUCAUCUCCAUUUACCUCGUCGUCGGCCCCAUCAUCGACUCCCCACAGAUUGAGUACCUUUAUGCCAGCCUCUUCAUUCUCGCUGGCCUCGUCUUCUACUUCCCCUUCGUCUACUUCAAGAAGAGCGUCCCAGGAAUGGGUCACCUGACGACCUUCUUCCAGCUGAUUCUCCAGGUUGUCCCCACCGACACAAUGCCCGAUGCCUGAGUUACUGAAUGCCACGAAACGAGCUUAUCAAAGACCAACCCCGAUGCCAGGGAAACGAUGCUGCAGCUGUUCGUCGGAUAAAAUCUUGACUGGACAGAAAUUGUUUUAAUCUUCUGUGAUUUUUUUUUUCUUUUUCUUUUUUUCUUCUUUUUUUUUGAGGUACAUUUUUCGUUUGUAUUUUUCUUCGAACUUAGCAUUCCAGUGUGGCUUUCGAGCUCUGUCUAGUAGGAAGAUGAAAGCACAAUUAGAGCCAUAGCCCACUGGGAAGCCCAUACAGAUACAUUCAUAUAUACAUUACAUACACAUGUGCAUAUGUAUGUAUGCAAAAACACACAUUCUUAUGGGAACCUCUCAUACUUCCCACAAGCAAAAAAAAAAAGAAGAAGAAAAAAUCAAA